CCAUGUGUCCGAAGUUACCCCCAUUUACCUCACACGCAGUGAGGAAUUUAAUUAACUAUACACGUUGCAUUACAUACUGUCUAAAUCGUGUCCAUCCUCCUCUGCACGCAUGCAUGCUGCUGGCUGCUUGCUGAGUGAGCAGCAUAUGGUGUCGUUCAAUAUUUACCAGCAAGAGCUCUAUGAUCUUCUGUAGUGACUUGCGACAAGAAAGAAACGAUUGCUGUAUGUCUGUGCACACCUCCGUGAACCUGCAGGCGUUUUGUGAACAGAUCAGUGCUUCACCUAGUUCCGGUAAGGAGAUACCGGGCUAAAGAAGAAGAAGAAGAUGAUGACACGAAAAUUGUGAAAUCGUGUAAGAACGACUUCUCACGUGGAGAACUGGAAGGUGCAUAUGAGGUCUUUGGGUAUAUGUUUAGCCAGAUAUCGGCCCGUACACUAUUGCUAGUGUGUUUUGAAGGCCUAGUGAGUCAUUCUGACCGAGUUUUUAAACAUUUUGUAUGCGGAUCACAUGUAACGAGAGAAAAAAUGCAGAGCUAUGGACAGCUGUUUCGGGCUUGUUAGCCCUCAUCAGCAAAGCAUACCGCAACUUCUCUCUCUGGCAUCACGAGUUUAUAAAGGCAAAGUUGAGCGCAGCACUUGUGGUUUUGAACUAAAUGAGAUUCAUCCCACAUGAGAUUUUACCCCUCCCAUCCCAUUAUAGAGUGUCUACCGACGCUCUAAUAUACUGCACAGAAAUCUAUGCAAAGCUAUACUGGCCAACAGUCAAGGUCUUGCCAUUAUCAUUACCUGUGACUAUGAAACAACUAAAGACCUGAAAACAUUGCUGGGAACAAGGGAAGACGGCGAACAGAUGAAGGAAACAUUUCACUAUCUCAAAUACAAAGUUUAUCACCUCUCAAAUCCGAAAAAAGGUGAAAUUAAAGAACUUCUGGAAAAGCUCUCGGAUGAUCUGGGAAAACAUGGAUUAGGCGAAAAAGAGGGAAGUGAAAAGGCCAUCGUAUUUGCAUUCUCUGGUCAUGGUUGCAGCAAAGGCCAAAUUGAGUACAUUUACACAAAUGACGGUGGAACUCUUGAGCUUUUAGAUGAGAUUGUUUUUCCCCUCACAAGGCGUGAAAGUGUCCAACAUGUUCCAAAGCUCUUCUUUAUGGAUGCCUGUCGUGGGGGUGAGAUUCUUAUGAAAGGCACUUGUCCAAGUGUCACUGAUGACCACACUAAUUUCCAGAAAGGUUAUCAGCAUGUUCUGGGCAACUACUACAUUGCCUAUGCCACUAUUCCCCAUCAUGUUGCUUACGCCAAUGCCAGUGGAAGCAGAUGGAUGCCCAAAAUAGCCAAAGCUAUCCGGGAAGAGGAUGAUUCAUUCCAGAACAUUGCAGCCAAAGUCAUGGCGGAAGUAAAUAAGGAAGUGAGUGAUACGAAGCAACAGUGCGAGUCAAUAAACCGUCUCAAUACCGGUCCCCUCUACCUCAAAAGAUUGUCUUAGUUAUAGAGCUAACCAUCAGUUAAUUUUCAAGUAUAUUAUGCAUUUUAUAGGAGGCAGUAUGACGUCUA